AUGGCGCCGCCCAGUUUUACGGACUCCUUUUGGUCUGGGGACUAUGCUGGAGGUCUUGGUGUUCUCUUCGGUAAACUGCAGCAAGGAGUCGCCGAAAAUCAACAAGUUCUCACCAUUGCGCGAAUGCGAGCGGAAGCCGAAGAUGCUUAUGGUAUGAAAUUAGGAGAAAUUGGUCCCGCGACGGAUAAAAUAACAGGAGGUUUCAGCAGAGAUGAUGGAGCCAGUGUUCGAAAGGCAUACGAUGGAGUACGGACGGAGAUGGUAGAAGCUUCAAAAAAUCACCGCAAGAUCGCACAAAGCAUUCGAGAUCUUGUUGUCGCCCCCUUUUCGCGCUGGUGUGAUGCGCAUGAGAACCGAGUUCAAAAUUCACAGGACGACCUUCAAGCGCGUAUAAAACUUCACGACAAACAAGCAGAGCUGGUCAAGAAAUUACGCAGUCAUUACUUUAACAAGUGUCGAUUAGUUGAAGAUAUUGAGGAAGAAAAUAAAUUGGCUUUCCAGGAUCCGGAAAACAGUCCCAAGGCCAAGAUUCCAGAGAUCAAGGUUGGCAAUAAGGAUGAUGAAGAGGAUGAUCUGUCUUUGGAGAUUGGUGAUGAGAUUUACAAUUCGGAACAGAUCAAGAAGAUCAUGACACACCUUUUACAAACAAUCAAGCUGGUCGACACAAAAGUUCCAAUCUUGGGUACAUAUCAAAAUACAACAUCUGGCGCAGACAUAGUGGAAUAUUUCCAAAAAUAUAUGGGAGCAACGAGUAUCAGCCAUGCCGAACGAAUUGGGCAAGAUUUGGUCUCGCAUGGCUUUUUACGCUUAAUUGGAAAUGUUGGCAAUAUCUUCGCAAAUAGUUCCAAGAUGUUCUACCAAUGGCGACCCAAGGGUUUCCAGUUGACUGGAAUCCCCGAAAAGAAGCCCAAUGUUGGCCGAACUUUCUCUGUCGCUUCUAACUCCGAUUUCGCAGAUUCUCCUGUUGUUGGAUCAGUUUCUGAAUAUUUGGCGGGCUGGAAUCCGUUGAACAAUCAACAUCCUAACGAGACCCCAGGCGAUCGUCUUCGUAGAGAGGCCGCGGAAGCAGAUGAGAGAUAUAAGCAGGGUGUUAAGAAAUUAGACCAUUUGCGAUGUCAACUGGAGGAGGCCAUCUUCGAGCAUUUGAGAUAUUUGGAACGUUGUGAGCUUGAUAGACUCAAGGCUAUUAAGACCAUCAUUCUCGAUUUUUCCGGAACGAUUAGUAAUGUCAUUCCUAGUCUGCAAUCUACCGUAGACAAGAUGAUGCUUUACCAAGAAACUGUACAACCUCUUGGAGAUCUGCGAUAUCUUCUCGAAAACUAUCGCACUGGUGGUUUCGCGCCAAAGGUUAUCGUCUAUGAGAAUUACUACAACUCUGCGGACGAACAAACUUUCGGCGUUGAUCUGGAGGCCCGGGCUCGAGGGGAUCGAAAGAGGGUGCCAGUUAUCAUUACUACCAUUCUCACUUUCCUCGACAACAGAUAUCCUGACCUUGAAGGCGAUGCAGCUAGGAGAAGUGUUUGGUUGGUUGAUGUUCCCCUACAUCAAACUCACCGAGUACGAGGUGUUCUCAACACCGGAAAACCAUUCCCUAUAGAAGCUUUGGAGCCAUACGAAAUUCCUAUCAUUGCAAGCGUUCUUAAGUUAUAUUUACUGGAAUUACCAGUGUCAUCUCACGUUUAUGAAAUUAUGAAAACGAUUUACUCAACCCCAGCAUCCGAAUCUACCGACUCAGCUCGAAUCUCAGUUCUACAAAAUACCCUCAGCCAGCUCAGAUUAGCCAAUAUUGCUACUCUGGAUGCUCUCAUGACACAUUUCACUAGAUUAAUUGAACUCACUUCAGCCGAUGAGGCCUAUAUCUCUGAGCUCGCGACAAUCCUUGCUCCAUGUGUCCUUCGACCAAAGACUGAAACCUCGAUGACCAUGGAAGAGAAAGCUAUUAGUACGGAUGAAAGCAAUCGACGAGCCAACAUGGAAGCUAGACAAAAGGCAAUAAUUGCAGCCGGUGGAGCUAGAAGUCGCGCUACUAGUCCUGCCCCAGGUCCACGUGGCCACCGCAGAGAUAGAAGUUCAGGACCACCUGCGGCCGAGACACGAUUCCCAGUACAAACAUCUCCUACAGCUACAACUGAUUCCACUCGAAAUUCUAGAGGCAGUACGAGACAGAGCCUUGAAGUCCCAUCAUCAGCCGAAGCUAGUCCAGUCGUUGAACCCAAACCAUCUCCUUUGUCAUCAUUAGUUAAUGGAACUGAAGCUAGCGUCGCAAGUGCCACAUAUAUGCCUGGAUCUGGAUCUGUCUCUGGAUCUAUAUCUGGAUCCGUAUCCGGAUCCGGAGAUGGAACAGAUGAAGUUACGUUAGAAAAGAGAACUAGCUUUCCGGCUGUUGAACAGAGAAACAGUUUAGGACGAGGCGGGCAAGUUUCGAGAAAUAGUAUAGGAAGAAAACCUUACGGCAACGUUGCGAGGAUGAGCAAGAAUUUCGAUAUGGUAGCAGCAGGUAAUAGAGAUAGUGUAGGAAGCAUUGGUGAGGUACCAGAACCAGCCGCGGAACAAAAGAUCGGGGUUAGUUUGGAGGAUAAACCUAUGGACGAUUAA